AUGCCUAUCCCGAUCCCCUCCACCAGCGACCAGGCCACGCAGUCCUCCUCUUCCGCCACCGGGAACCCCAACACCACCACGACGACAAGCCAAAGCUCCUCGUCCUCAUUAAACACCGAUGCGUCGCGCUCCGAAGCCGAUAAGCCACUGAGCAAGGAAGAGGCCGAUCGCCUAUACGAAGAGAGAAUGGAGGAGGAAUACGCGAAGCGCGAGGGAGCGACCGCCACACCAGAUAACAGCGACUAUGUUUCGCCAGAACCAGGUUCCCUCUACCCCAGACAUAACUUAGCCACGCAAACCAUCACCAUCCCCGAGAUACACAUUCCGACGUCCAUCGAGUCCGUGCUCAUGACCGCCCUCCCAACCUCGUAUCUCUCCCAGCUAGCCAAUCCGACGGCCCGGGUAUCCCUCAUCAGUGAGAUUCGCGAGGGUCUUCGCUCUGAGUGGUAUACCGAGUUGCCUGCGGAUGCCAAGCACUUCUUCUCAAAGGCGCAUGUUGGCGCUGGGAUGUGUCAUGCGACGUCCCGUGGUGGUGCGCCUGCACCCGCGGCGACCAGGCCUGUACCUGGGGUUGUGGGCGUUGCUGCAGUCCUGGGCGUGAUAAAUGCUUUGUGA